UGCGUAUGUUAGUCGCGCACGACACGCGCACGACACGCGCACGACACGCGCUCCCAUCGUUACGCAGCAUCCCUCGUCGAAUAUGCAUCAACGUGAGUCCUUAGGUGCGCGUUACAUUGCGCUGACGAAAUGUCCUCACUCGAAUGAAAGGAUCUGGCGGUGCGUAUGCAUCCUCGCGUUUCUUUUUAUCGUCGCCGGCGGUUUUCUCAGCACUUCUCAGCCCCUGGUCGUUACAAAAUGGGGCAUGAUUUACGGCAAGUGGACCAAGAGUAACGGAGUGCGCAGUAAUCGGCUAAUCGCGAAUUUUCUCGGGAUACCGUAUGCGCUACCUCCGGUGGGUGAUCUGAGAUUCAAGAGUCCACAGCGAUGGAAUCGUCCGUGGAUGCAUAUUACCACUGCUGUAGCCGAUGGACCAAAAUGCAUUCAAUGGAGUAAAAGCAUGUCCGAAGUAGUUGGCAACGAGGAUUGUCUUUACUUAAAUAUCUUCAUUCCCGCUAAAUCUAUGAACUUAUCGGACCUGCAACAGACAAAAUUGCCGGUUUUAGUCUUCAUACAUGGCGGUCAAUAUCACGUCGGCAGCAACAAUAGCACGGAGCUCGCGCCUGAUUACUUGACAGAGCAGGACGUGAUUCUCGUUACGGUGAAUUAUCGACUUAAUAUUUUAGGAUUUUUUAGCACGACAAAUGAAGCCUCACCAGGCAAUUAUGGUGUGAAAGAUAUAAAAAUGGCUCUUGAAUGGAUACAAGAGAAUAUUCGUAGCUUCCAUGGAAAUCCCGAAUCGGUGACUGUUAUGGGACAGAGUGCCGGUGCUGCGAUAAUUCAUCUGCUCUCUUUAACGAGUAAAACCGAAGGACUCUUCCACAAGUACAUUUUGCACAGCGGCUCCGCUUUAAGUCCAUGGGCUUUGCAACCAAGUAUACCGUAUAGACAAAUUUGUCUAGAAGUGGCGAGACUUGUAGGCUGCCUGCCGGAAGAAAAUGACGACAUAAUCGCGUUAAAUGAGACAACCACCCAAAAUUAUGAGGAGGAAAAUCAGAACAGAAAUUACGCUCUCUACGACGCUGCGAUACACAAUAGUGAUAAUUAUAAUUUGGAGAAUGAUGAAGAGAUGAUGAAGUGCAUGAGAAAAAUCGAUGCGAAAAAGAUAGGAAAAAUGUCAGAAUACUUUGUAGUUUCGAUGUAUAGUCCGAUCUGUAUCUUUGGCCCUACAUUGGAAGCUGACUCGGAAGAUGCUAUCGUGACGAUACAUCCGAUGGUUGCAUUGAAGAAUGGAUUGUUUCGCGAUAUACCAGCAAUAAUGCAAGUCGUGAAAGAUGAAGGUUUGAAGAAGACGCUCGAAUUCUACAUACAUGAGGGCGCUGAGAAUGAAAUGAUAAAAAAUUUCGAAGAAUACUUGCCCUAUUUUAUCGAAAGUCAAUUACACAUUUCUAACACCAGCGUUCUCGCCGCCGCGAUAGAGGAUUUUUACUUCAACGGAACUUUGACGUUGGAUUUUAAGCAGCACAUCACAAACAUGCUUAGCGACGCAGUUGUAAUAUGGCCAACGUUUCAAGCGCUACAAUAUCAGUCGAAAAUCGCAAAAUCCGGUAUUUACUUCUCUUACUUCAUAUAUCAGGGCACAUUUUCGACUACCCUCGCUUCGGGCAAACAAUUUCAUUACGGUAUUAGUCACUCUGAUGAUCUGAACUACUUAUUUCCCGUAUUAAAUGCUAAGUAUCAAGAUUGGUUGCUGCACAAUACGAUGGACGAUAUUACUAUAAUUAGUAUCAUGACAGAAAUGUGGGCCAAUUUCGCGAAAGAAGGAGUGCCAAGAGCGUGGUUGCCAUGGUUUAACUUUACCCGACAUCCAUGGCCCGAUUACCGCGAUCGUCAUCAGUUCAUGAGAUUCAACAAGACGCCGGAUAUUGUGGUGGAAACCGAUUUCCUGUCGGACAGAAUGGAGUUCUGGGAGACAUUGAUGCCUAACGUAUCAAUGGAAAUACCGGAUCAACCAGAAAAAAAGUCCGGUAAUGCCAACGUGAUUUGUUGUAGGUUAAUAAUUCCACUUAUAUCAUUAAUAAUCGUAUUUUUUGUUAUGUAAUUAUAUAUCUGUGCUCAAGAGAUAAACAGCACGGCGAAGAUAUGACAUAUUACAUUCAGCAAUGAUAGUAAAAAGUAGCUUAUGUGAAUCCCGUCAUGUAUUAUGUACUUGAAACAAUUUUUAUAUUCGAUAUCUAUCAAAUAUAUCUAUCGAUUCAGUUCAAAAUAUAUCGUUUACGUUAUACAAUCGGAAAUUCCUUUAUAAACGUAAAAGUUACAGGAAUAACUUAAUAGAUAUAAUAUUUUGUAUUUACGUUAAUUUUAAUAAUAUUUUUAUCGUGAAAUAUGUUAAUUGUUAUAGAUUAUGUAAUUUAAUAGCUUUAAAACGUACACAGCAAAUAUGCAUGUACCAUAAAAAAAAAUAUAGAAGACAUAGUUGUUUGCUGUUGUGGCUGAAGACACAUUUGCAUGUCGAUGUAUAUACGCCAAAGUUUACUUGCCGAUAAAAAGUAACGAUGAUAGUAAAUACGAAGUAAAACCGUUUCGUUUACUAUUCGACGCUUAUCUCUCUCGCAGCAUGAGAGCGAUACAGUUGUUAAUAGCGUCCAUAAAAUUUCCGAAGCCAGAAAGUUCGAAAUUUAACUCCGUAAAUAAACACUUAUACACAAAUGCACAAACAAAUGUUUAUUAUGAUAUAAUAUUAUAACACU